GAGCUUGGAGCCGUGGAAAGUAAAUUAGAAAAAGUUGAAAAGUUGGUAGAUGAGUUAAAGAUGAACGUAGACGACAUUCACGAAGAAGUCAAAGAAGAAGGAAGCAGUAACAAUAAGGCAAUGUUUGCUGACUGG